AUGAGGUACCGAGAAACCACUGCAAUGUUUAAUCAGCUCGCAACAAAAUUGUCAAUGGCGGAUGAGAAAGUGUACAACAGGUGGAUGGGAGCAUUGCAGAAAGUGUGCAAGGAGGCAAACAAGGCAUUGUCAAAGACUAUAACUAGCAAGGACGGGAAUUAUGUACCAACAAGUGGCCAGAGAAGAGUAAUCCAAGGAAGCACGGCAAGUAACUUUAUAAGUCAAGGAAUGAGAAAGAGCGUCGUCGAAAGAAGAUUGUCUAUGGAAAGAGAUUGA